UGGCAAAGAAAUACAGACACAAUAACACUCGGGAGGAUGAUACUAAAAAUAUCCUAACAAAAGCAUAAGAGGACAUCAGUGUGUCUAGUUCCUUAGUUUAUACCACAAAUACGUAGAGUCGUGGCGAGGGGACUCCGCUUGCGUGCUUUGAACUCAAACACACGUUUUCAAAACAACGCAGAAGUCCAAUUGUUUCAGUUUUUAAAAAUCCGCCAUAAAACGAACAAACCAGCCAGUCUUGAAUUUGAAAACAUUCGCAUUCGAUAUUUGAAUUCUCCCACUGCCGCACACUUGGAACGCUCAAUCGGAUUAGAAGUACCGGCCGGCUAGCCUUUCCGUGUAAAUAAAUAAAAAUGUAGUGUUUUCUGUGUGGGAUUACCAAUCGGUGCUAUUGUUUUCAUUGAGGAUUUUGUUGGUGACUUACGAUGCUGCUUUGGCUUAUACUAUGUCUCUCUAUAAUUAUCUGUAUAGUACAAGGAGUACAGUUCCCAUCAAAUGCAAUGUCAGAAGUAUUAUCCGAAGAAAAAUCCAUACCUACUAGAGAUGGUAACAAUUCCGACAUUGAUGAUGGCAGUCGAGAGCUAGAUAUAGACGUUGUUGAUGAAAUAAGAGAGAAAAAGUUUUUGGACGAUGCUAUGAAGGCAGUUCUUGACCCUAAUUCGAUAAUAUCGCACAGUAACUAUGAUAUUGUUAGCAGUUUCAAGAAUCAGUUAAAGACGUUGGAUAAUGCUAAUAUCUCAUUAAAUGCCUUUAUGGAUGAAAUGGAUCAAUUGAGCUUAGAAGUUUGUAAAACUUCACAAGCUGCUCUUUGGGAAUACCUUACAAAUAUUAAUAGUGAGAUAAAGAAGAACAAAAUGAUUCAAAUAGCUGCUGAAGAAGAUGAAAUUAAGAAACAUUAUUGGAACACAUUGAAAAAAAGAUAUGUAUCACAUGAACUAUCCUUAAAUGACCCCACUAUACAGAGGAAAAUUAGAAUUAUUAAAGAAAGGGCAAUCAAUGUGCAGAUGCCCCAAAGUAAACUAAGAGAAGAGAUAGAAACAAUGCAGAGAAUUUGGAGCAGAGUGACAGUGUGUGCCUACAACAGCACUUGCAGUCUUGAAGACUCGGCUCGUUCUAUGAGUGACCCGUAUAUCUCUUUUGCAGACGUUAUCAAAAUAUUCAAAACAAGCGAUGAUACCGAUGAACUGGUUUACUACUGGAAAGCCUUCAGAGAUGUAACUGGAAAGAAAAUCAGACCAAUAUUCAAAGAGUAUGUUGCACGAAUGAACAGCGUAGCCAUUUAUGAAAAUUUUACAGAUGCAGCAGAUAUGUGGCAAUACGCUUUUCAAGACGAUAAUUUUGUUAAGAACGUUGAUAGGAUAUGGUCGGAAAUAAAGCCCUUGUAUGAUACACUACAUCGGUAUGUGAGAGGCAAACUUGCAACGCAUUAUAAAAAUGAUAUGUCCAAUGGAGAAAGGAAUAUUCCUGCUCAUAUUUUAGGUAACCUUUGGGCACAAGACUGGCAAGCGAUCUAUCCAAAAGUAGUUGCAUAUCCCGGUUUUCCUCGGCCACAGAUACAGGACCAUGAAACAAUAACCUCAAAAAAUCUUUUUGAUGCAAUUGAUGAGUUCCACACCUCUCUAGGAUUCGAAAGCGCUAAAGAUUCGUUUGAAGACAUUCAAGAGAUAACGAGUACUGCUAAUUGCUUGCCUUCUAGCCAUGACAUGUGUGAUGGAGUGCAUUACAAGAUUAAGUGGUGCGGCGGUGGUGUGUCGGACGUGGUGACGGAGCUCUCUCGCGCGGCGAGGCUGCUCGGACACGUGCAGUACUUCAAGCAUUACCGGAACCAGCCCCCCUUGUACCGAGAUGGGCCUAUUCCAGGGUUCCACGAUGCAAUAUCAGACAUAGUAGCAGUCCAGCUGACGACUCCAGAACACCUUCAAACGCUGAACUUCGUCACAACAGACGCUUCACCAGAAGCUACCAUGAACCACCUUCUCUGGCAGGCUUUGGAGAAGUUGCCUCUGAUGGGGUUCGCGUAUGUUCUCGACAGAUGGCGUUGGGACGUGUUUGGCAAUUCUUCUUUGAAGGAUUGGAACGCUCAUUGGUGGGAGCUAAGAAUGAAAGAGACACGCAUAUCAGCGCCCGUCCCACGGGAUGAGAAUGACUUGGAUGCUGCCUCUAAGUACCACGUCGUCUCUCACGUCCAGUACAUCACAUACUUGGUGUCCCACGUGCUGGAGUUCCAGAUCCUGCUGUCACUGUGCCGGCAGAGAAACCACUCCGGGCCUCUGCACGAGUGCUCUUUGCGUGGCGACAGGGAAGCGGGGAGGAAACUCAGUGAAGGCAUGGCACUGGGCGCUAGUGAAAACUGGAGAUCCGUUCUGAAAUCUAUCACGGGACAAACAGAGCUGUCAACAGAAGGAAUCCUUGAAUACUUCGAUCCACUACAAAAGUUCCUGAACGAAGAAAACUUGAAGAUGCCAGUGGAUAAAUAUGACUUCAGCAAAAUAGCAUCAAUUGUUGUCGGCAUAGGAAUUGUGGUGUUGACUGUAUCUGUAGUUAUAAUUUAUUGUGUUAGGAAAUACAAUAUGUGUUUGGGAACGUUUGCAGCGUGUGGGAUCGGAAGGAAUGGAUCGCUUGAUAUCGCUACUCAUGAUAUGCCACAAAAUAAAAAAGAAGACUUAGAUUCAACACGAGUCUGUGAGGAUAAGGUUUGAACGCUAAUAGAAAUGCUGUUUUUGUGAAUGUUGAGGAUUUUGUUGUUGUACAAUAUAUUGUUGAAGAUUCAAUAAAAUUAUAAAUAAGUACCGAUACUGCUUCGUAAGAUUCGUAUUAGCGUUAAAGUUUUGUAUAGUA